AUGCAGGAUCGCGGAGAAGUGGCGCCCGAUCCUGUGUAUGGCAAAGUAUUGGCAGGGCUCCAUCUGGUGUCACGCUAUGCUGCCAUCCCUCUCUUGGACUCGCUGCUGACAUGGCGCAAGGAGUCUCUCAAAGCCGCCGCCAGAGCUCCUGAGCUGGUAGUUCUGCGUAAGCGGCUUGCUGUGGAGGCAGUGUUUCUGGAGGCAACGCUGCAGCUAGUGGCGCCAGAGAGCAGCCCUCUAUCAGACGGCCAGGCUAAUGCAGUGGAGAUCCUGGUCUUUGACUGGGUGCUGCAUGCUGAGAAGUUUGUGGACUCCAAGCACUCUGAGCUCCUGAAGGCCAGGGAGCGGGUGACGAAGCUGUGUGCUGAGAUCAUCGGGGCACUGUCUCGCACGCGCCUUGUGGCCAUCAGCAAUCGCUUCUUCAAGGAGCUGGAGCAGCGGCUGCGGGUGGAUGCCAGCUCAGCGCGGCAGGAGAUCCUGCAGAUGUGCGAGGGCAUGCACUGCAUCCGCCUGCCCACCUCCACCGACACAGAGGUGUCAGCGGCGACUGAUUUCCUGACCCGGAUGCACCCGCUGCGCCACGUGGCGCCAGUGCGCAAGAGCCAGGUGCAGCACGCCAUCUGCGAGCUCCUCUGCGCCAUCCUCAAGCCCAACGCUGUGGAGGACCGCCCCAGGAGCCUGGCGGGGCGACUGGACCCAAAAGUGCUGAGCGUGUGGCAUGCUACGCUGGUGAACAUGCGCUCGGAGAUUGCCAGCUGGACGGCGCGCGCCAGCAAGCAUGCCGGUGUCGGCUACCCGUUAGUCACGGUGCUGCUGUGCCUGGAGGAUGCGCCCAGCUUUGGGCAGUUUGUGGAUACCCUUGACAAGCUGCUGCGCACGCUGAUCCUGGACUGCCUCAGCCUGACGGUGCGCACCUACCUGCGCCACCAGCCGGCCGAGCGCGCCGCCGGUGGCGGCCGCGGCCGCAUGGACGCGUGGCUUGCGCGAACCACCAAACCCAUCAUGGUCAAUGUGCGCAAGGGCAACUUCCAGUUUCCCGAGCAGCAGGACCUGGUGCGGGAGAUCUGCUGCAUAGUGGCGGACGCGGCGCCCGAGUUUGGCAUCGGUGUGCUCAUCAUGGACCUGCUGAACGUGGACGCCUCUAGCUGGGAUGCUCUGAUGAUCGGGCUGCGCGCGCUGCUGUGCGUGCUGCUCGCUGUGCCCUCACGCAAGGCCGGGCAAGUCUUCAUCACAGAGCAUGAGCCCUGGACCAGGCAGGGCUCCUAUUCAGGCGACCUGCUGGCAGCCGUGCGCCAGGGGGAGCACCCGAUGGUUGCUUAUGGGACGCCAGAUCUGGCAAAGCCCCUGGCCAGAAGCCUCAGCCGCAUACUCAUCAAUUGUCACACCCUCUUUGGCAGCUACCGCCUGUUCAACCCCGGCAGGACUCUGACAGAGGCGGUGCCCAAGGAGCGGGCGGCCGGGCUGCCGGUGUUUGCCGUGGCGUUGCGCUGCGUUCCCUACAUCGUCCCCGAGCACUGGGAAGGCUACAAGCUCGCUGACGAGCUGCCAGGCUACACCAUCCACGCGGACCCGGCGGUGCAGCAGGCGGCGGCGGAUGUGCUGAGGCGUUCCAUGCGCGCGCGGCCCAAGCUGCGCAACUCCCUCUUGCUCAGCAUGGCCGCCUUUGCUUCGCGCCUCCCAGAAGAUUACCCGGAGGCGCUGCGCGCUGCAAUUUUGCUGUUGGACGCGCUGGUGCAUGAGUGGCUGGAGAUCCUGGAGGAGGAGGGAAGCGUUCCCUCUUCCUUGGGGGGUCCCCCCGGGUCCCCUCCUCCUGCCCCUGAUCUGGCGCGCCUGGAAGGCUUUGCCGUCUGCUUCCUGUGCUCCACAGACCCGGACGUCCGCCGCUCCUCCUGGAACCUGCUGUCCUCCGUGCGACGCCUGCACAGCAGCCUCACAUCAGCAGGCGACGAGUCGACAGUGUACAUGAUGGACAUCCUGGAGGAGGCGGGCCCGGAUAUCGCGCGUCGCUGCUACUGGGACUUUGGCAAAUGGUCCGACCUCUGGCGCGUGUGGCGGCCCAUCGGUGCCGAGCGGCCAUCCCGGGACGCAGCCGUCGGCCUUCCUGAGCUGAUGCGGCGGGCACUGAUGUACGAGGACUCGGUGCGGUGGGCGCGCUGUCUGGCAGAAGUCAUGCGCACUGCCUCAGUCAUGUGCCCUGCAUCACCACGGGCAGCCUACACAGAAAUCGUCAGCCGCCUGCAGGCGAUGAUGUACCGCGACAGCUCGGGACGCGUAGUCCAGCUGGCGGACGCGAGCGGCGACACCUGGAAGGCGGAUCUGACGCGCACAUACGCCAUGGUCUCCUGCGCGUGCCCUCCCCCGGGGCCAUCCCCCCAGAAGCCGCCCCCCAGCCUCUCCCACCGCGAGCUCUUCCGCAUGAUCCUGCAGAAUAUCAGGCGCGCCACUACCCCGCAGACGGGGCCGGACCCGGUGCAGCAGGCAGCGAUACUGGCGCUGGGCAGCUGCAACCCGGGCAACAUGCCAAUCCUGCUGGAGGAGAUGCAGGGCAUGAGCGAAGACCCUGCCGCAGAGCGCAUGAAGGCCCGAAGCCGGCCGCGGCGGGAGGAGGUACGCGUGGCGGUGGCGCAGGUGCACCGGCUGCUGGCCAACAACUUGGCGCCCGGCUCGCUGCGUACCUCCGCGGCCGACUGCGCCAAGUGCGUGGACUUUGUUCUCGACACCCUCAAGUUCCUCAACAGCUCCUCCUCAGAGGCGUUCCAGGACCUGCUGCUGCUGCGCUACUGCCUCUGCAGCGUGGCCCGGGCGCUCGCGAGAGAACUGGCGGCUGCGCAGCCCAACGCAUUCUCGACCCACAUCCGCCGCACGCUCUUCUUUGCUUUCUCCUCCUGGACCGAAGAGGGCUCCAUCCCAGGGCGGCACCGGGGGGAGAUAGCGAAAUACAUAGCAGUGGCCAAGGGGCGCGUGAAGGACCCUGACUCGGCGCGCGCGCUGGAGGCUGAGAUGCAGGAAGCUGUCGACUACCUGGACGUCAACGCUGCGCUAGCCAUGGCCGACAUGCUCCUGGGGCCGGCUUUUGAUUUGGAGGCGAAGCGGCCGCAGGGGCGAGUGUUCAGCUGGGUUGACCGCAUGCUCAGGGCAGCCAACAGCGGCACUCCCACUGGAGCCACUACCCUCAACUUCCGCUCAAUGGGCCCUAGCAGGGAGGCGAUCGGGAAAGCAGCACUGUUGAACUUCCUGUCCAGCAACCACGACGUGCUCAGCGUGUGCGUGGACCAGUGCUACUCCAGAGAUGCCGCCGUUGCCAAAGCCUACUUUCAGGUGCUGACGGAGGUGUACAUGACAAAGGAGAUAGAGGUCCAGCCACACACGCUGCUCAGCCUCAUCCUGUGCAAGCUGGGAGACUCAUCUCUGGAGGUCCGAGAUGAUGCGCUGCUGCUAUUGGACGCGCUCUCUUCACGGGUAUGGAAGGAGAGCGGUGCCACGGUGGCAUCAGUACGCCCAGGAACGCCCCUGCUGCCCGGGCAGAUCCUGCAUGCCAGCCCCCAUGCAGCGGUGGUGAUCGGAGCCCUGCAGGACUCCUUCCAGGACUUCCAGCUACGCCUGUCCAGCAAACUCGCCAGAGACCACCCGGAGCUGAGCGAGCCGCUUUGCGUGGAAUUGAUGAACCGCCAGCUGGAGGUCGGGGGGUCCCCCGGGUCUCCCCAGCUGCAGCACCAGGUCCUCUCCUGCCUGGCGCCCUGGAUGCAGAACCUCAGCUUUGCCGCGCGCUGGGAAGGCAACUGGAGCGAGCAGCUGCUGCGCAGCAUGUAUUUUCUGACGUGGCAGCACGCAGGCGCGUUCCCUUCCGAGACGGAGCGGCUGUGGACUACGGUGGCUGCCAACAAGCGCAACAUCAUCCCUAUUCUCGACUUCCUCAUCGCGCGCGGGCUGCAGGAAGCCGCAGAGCCCCACCUGCAGGCGCGCAACUUUAGAUCCUUCCUGGCACUCUUCUGCCUGGAAAUGAGCUGUUACCACACAGAUGUUUUAGUCGCUGCUGUAGAAAUGCAUGGGGACCUGGAGUCGGUGCUGGGGCACUUUGUGGUGGGCAAGCGCAUAGCGUUGUACAUGGCGCGCGUGCUCCCCCAGCACACCAUCGACCACCUCGCCUACGAAGCAGCCCAGCUGCUGCACGAAGAAGACCCCGACACCUCCUCUCCCUCCAAACCCAACCCCGACCGAGCGCCCAAGGCGUACGAGUUCCACCAUGCAAAGCCGGUGCUGUCGCGCCGGGACGCCAGCUACACGGCAGCUGCCCUGCAGGAGCGCGCAACUUCCCACCAGCGCGCAUCCGUCGCGCACGCCACUGCCACCGCGUCAGGGCAUUUCCGGCGGGUGAGCGAUCUGCUGAGGUCAGCGAGAAUGGGGUCUGACAUCAGCAACCACUCCGGCUCCUUCACUUCCUCCAUCAAUGACUCAGCCAUGCGGCCGAACUCCGCCUCCUACUCACCCGCCUCCCACAAGGGCUCAGAACUUCUGCACAACUCCGUCCAGCCGAGGUCGGGGCUGUCACGGCCGGAGAUGGCGUUGUGUCUCCUGGCAGAGGUGGCCUAUGAGCAUGACGAGGACCUGCGGGAGCAUGCACCGCUGCUGCUGCAUGCGCUGCUCGUGGUGCAGGACUCGCCGGAGCCCAUCGUGUACCAGCACGCCCAGCAGGCGUUGCUGAACAUCUUGUUCUCGCUCUCCACCCGACACCUGGAGAGCGCACUUGGACAGGACGGCUUCCAGGCGCAGCAGGAGCGGGUGGGGCGGCUGAUAAAGUACCUGCAGGCGAUGCGCGGGCAACAGCUUUGGCCCUACGAGCAAGUCAGCCUCACGCGCGCGCGCGUUCCCUCCGCCAACGCCCUGCACGCCCUCGUCACCUCCCUGGUGGAGGCGCUGUCUUUUGAGGAGGAGCUGAGGGAGCGCUGGGCAGCGGAGGCGCUGCGCUGGCUAUUGCACUGCUCCUCCCGCCACCUGGCAGAGCGCUCCCACCAGGUGUACCGCGCUCUGCGGCCGUCUGCGAGCGGUGAUGCGUGUGUGUCGCUGCUGGCUUGCCUGCACAAGAGCCUGCUCAGCCCGUCACCCUCCUCCCUGCACACUGCAGUGGAAGUGUGCCUCACCCUCCAGGUGGUGAUAGAGGGCAUGGAUGGAGGUCGGCUGGUUUUCUUCCCCCAGCUGCUCAUUGCCUGCCUGGCCGGCCUCUGCACCUCCUACGUCCACAUUCUUGACUCUAGUGAGCAGCAGGGACAACAGCUCGUCCUGGCAGCCUGCAGUCUGCACAACUGCAACACAGCUGUGGGAGUGGAUGUUCUGAAGCUGGAAAUACUGUGCCCGCAGGUGCUGAAGCGGCUGGAUCUGAAUGACUCCACUGUGCAGAGCGUGCUGCUCGCAUGCACACCCUCACUGGAAGACCCGCCCUCCCUACAGGAAUUAGGAAGCGGCGGGGAAGCUGAGCUGUCAUGGGAGCUGGGCGGCUUCCUGGCGCAAGACGCGCAGCUUCUGGCUGUGCAGCAGCUGCUCAUUAAAGGCCUCUUCAAGCCCGAGACUGAGAUCUCUACCAUCCAGGUGCUGACUCUGCUGGCGGAUCAGAUUGCGGCUACUCCGCAGCUGCCGCGGCACGGCUUAGUCACCAGCCUCAGCGCCAUGCACGGCCUGGACGGCCGCCACCUGGCUCAGGUCGAUUUGCAUGCCUUCCGGCCCUUCUAUCCCUCCCGUGGCUCUGCGCCGGCGCAUGCAGGGGCGUGUGUGGCAGUGGGGCUGCCAGAUCUGGGGCGUUCCCUGUCGCUGCUCAGUGCUGACACAACCACUGACGUGGCGGACCUCCUCUCGCUCAUCGCCCCCUCCUUCACCAAUGCUUUCUUCCCCCGAUUUGGCCGCCUGGUGCUGGAGCGGCUGAUGGAGGCGCUGACGGACGGCGGGGAGGGAACUGCGCUGCAGACCGCCGCGCUGCGCAUGCUUCGCGCGAUAUUUAACGCGCCCACCCUGGACCUGGGCUCGCCUGCACACACCCUGUCGGACUCGCAGCUUUUCUACCCCGUGUUGGACGCGGUGAUGGCCUACGCAGCGCGGCAGCGCGCGGCCGGUGCUGACAUGGCGGAGGUGAGUCAGCAGCCGCCGCCGCUGAGCUGGCCGCGCUGCAUCGACGAUGACGUGGCAGAGGGUGAGCGCGCUGCGGAGGCGCUGGGCCGUGUGGUGGAGGAGUGGCAGGGGCGCAAGCUGGCACACUCGCGCAUCAUGCCAUUCAUGGAAUCCAGCCAGGCCCGCUGA